AUGGGCAUAUAUUCAGGAGAGGUGGAUAUGGAGAAUAAAAAGAAAGUGGAGGUAUCUAAUCCUUUUGAUGCACCAGAAGUUAAAGAUGUAGGUAAAGUUAAUAAAGGAGAGGCAGAGAAUGUUGACAAUGUCAAAGAAAUAGAUGUUGAGAAAAAAUUGAAGAACACAAAAUCAGCUCUCAUAAAAUGGAGUAAAGAGAAAUUUGAUAAUACAUUCCAGGAAAUUGCAACACCGGAAGAUAUUAUCAAAGUAAGGGAAAAGCAAUUUGAAGAGAAUCCUUCUGGAGAAAAUAGAGAAAACCUGUUCAAGGCACAUGCUGAGAUAAAUAUGCAACUUAAAAGGGAAGAAGAUUUUUGGAGGCAAAAGUCAGGAUUUGAAUGGUUUAAAGAUGGGGAGAGGAAUACCAAGUUCUUCCAUACAAUUGAAAUUAUUUCAGAAAUAAGAAAAAGAGGUAAACCUCCAAACAUGUUAAUCAAGCAAGAUUUGAUGAAAGCUUAUGACAGGGUGGAGUGGCUUUUUCUAACAAAAGUGUUGAGGUAUUUAGAUUUUUCUGAAGUUAUAAUAUACAUGGUGUACAGACUCUUGGAGAAUAACUGGUACUCAACACUACUUAAUUGUCAGCCUAAGGGUUCCUUCAAAUCCUCAAGAGGAUUGAAACAAAGUGAUCCUCUAUCACCUACCUUGUUUAUAAUAGCAGCAGAAGUGUUAUCAAUGAAUUUAAAGGUUGUGAUGCAGAAAAGAGAGUUUAAACUGUUCGGCAUGCCAAGAGAAAGUCAUAAAUUAAAUUAUCUAGCUUUUGCUGAUGAUAUGAUCAUCUUAUGUAAAGCUGAGGUAAAAACAUUACAGAUGGUGAUUGAAGCACUGGAUAGGUAUGAAGAGGUGUCAGGACAGAAGAUAAACAAAGAAAAAAGUGCAAUUUACUUGCACAAAAGUGUUUCAAAUAGAGUUGGAGUAAUGGCAGAGGUAGUUACUGGCAUAUUAAGGAAAGAAUUCCCUUUCACUUAUCUUGGAUGCCCCAUUUUUUUUACAUGA